CAGGCAGAUAAAAGGGCACCUAUAACGAGCGCCUGGGUCCUUUCACACAAGUAAAGCAACGUCGCGCCCCUCUGACGUCCUCUUUACCCGCUGAUCGAGUGGAGGAACGGAACUUUAAGUCCCACAUCCAUCGUUAAUCUACAAUGGCCGAGGAAGGCAUUGCUGCUGGAGGUGUGAUGGAUGUUAACACGGCUCUGCCCGAAGUGCUCAAGACCGCGCUCAUCCACGAUGGCCUGGCUCGUGGGAUCCGUGAGGCUGCCAAAGCCCUAGAUAAACGCCAGGCUCAUCUGUGUGUCCUUGCCGCAAACUGCGAUGAGCCCAUGUAUGUGAAGCUGGUGGAGGCACUCUGCGCCGAGCAUCAGAUCAACCUGAUCAAGGUUGAUGAUAACAAGAAGCUUGGUGAGUGGGUUGGUCUUUGCAAGAUUGACCGUGAGGGCAAACCCCGCAAAGUGGUGGGCUGCAGCUGUGUGGUUGUGAAGGACUAUGGCAAAGAGUCUCAAGCCAAGGAUGUCAUCGAAGAAUACUUCAAAUCCAAGAAGUAAAUUGGCAAUAAAAUCUUGAAAA